UCCCGGAGGUGGAAAGAAGAGGCUUCACCCCCUUUGAAACGGUGAAGAAGAGCAGCCCGAAAGGAGAAAAAAGAGAGAUGACUAGAGCCCGUCAUCGCUUUUCUCCUCCCAGCCUCUCCUGAGUCCGGUCGGCCUCACUCCUCUCCUCCACCCAAAUCCAAUCUGUCGUCUCCUCCUCUCCCCUCCCUAAUUCCCUCGCUCCCUCACUCCUCCCCUCGGAAAUCCUUUUCCCGCCCCCCUCGCCCCCCGCGGAGUGCGCACGCGCCCGCCCCCAGCUUCGCGCCCAGAUCGCCGCCUAGGCUGCCCGCGCAGCAGCUGUGUCGUCUGCCCACCGACGAAGCAUGGGCGUCCAGGGCUUCCAAGAGUUCCUGGAGAAGCGCUGUCCCGGGGCCGUGGUGCCCGUGGACCUCCUCAAACUCGCGCGUACGGUCUCGCGCCAGCAGCAGCAGCACCUGCACCGCCAGCUGCCACCGACGGCAACCCUAGCACCCGGGGCUCCACGCGCCGCCAGGGGCUCCGCGCCUCUACAAUCGCCGCUCCCGCCCGCUGCCUUGGGUGCCUACUCCGGGGCCGCGGGGCCGACUCGGCACCAUCACCCCGCUCACCAUUUCCACCACCAUGGCCAGGCGCAGCCUGGGCUACACCCGCCGCUGCCGCCGCCGCCCCCUCCGCUGCCCGGGGCCCGGGUGCUGGUGGACGCGGGCUCGGCGCUGCCGCGGCUCUAUGGCGGCUACCAGACGGAUUGGGUGUGUGGCGGCCAAUGGAACGCCAUGCUGGGCUACUUGUCAGCGCUUUGCCAGGCCUGUGCCUAUCCCGGCGGCGACGGCCUGGAGCUGGUGGUCAUGUUUCCAGGGGGCCUGGGCAAGGAUCGGCUGGCCGAGUGGGGCCGUCGGUGCCAGGCCGAACGGCAGACAGCGCAACUGAUCGUGGGACACGUGGGCAACAAGGGCACCCCUCCACCACGGGCCUGGUUCCUGCCCCCGGCCUGCCUGAGCCACUGCGUGAGGCUAGCACUCAUCCGCUUCCGGGUCAAGGUCUUUCAGAGCCUUGAAGACCACCAUUUGGAAGUGGUGGCUUUUUUCAGGGAAAAUGGCUUCCAUGGCCUUCUUGCCCAUGACUCCGAGUAUGCUCUCUACAAUAUUCCCUCUUACUACAGUUCCCAUGCUCUGAAGCUGAGCUGGAAUGGGAAGAACCUCACUACCAACCAGUUCCUGAUGCAGGAGGUGGCCAAGCAGCUGGGCCUAAAGCGGAUGAAUUUUCCCAUAUUUGCUGCACUGCUAGGUAACCACAUUCUCCCAGAUGAGGACCUGGCUGCUUUUCACUGGAGCCUCUUGGGACCAGAACAUCCUCUUGCAUCACUUAAGGUCCGAGCUCAUCAGCUGGUUCUUCCUCCCUGUGAUGUGGUCAUCAAGGCUGUUUCUGAGUAUGUCAGUUCCAUCAAAGACCCUUCAGACCUGGAUGUGGUUGGAAAGGAUGUUUUCAAACAGUCUCAGUCCAGGACCGAAGAUAAAAUAGAACGAUUCAAGAGAGCGGUGGAGUACUACUCAGUCACAACCAAACUCUCUUCGCUGCCAGUGGGUCCCUCCUUUCUAGGUUUUCGGAAUAAUAGGCUUGGAAAUUCUCCCCUUCUGCAAAAUCAAAUGGGCACCAUUUCUGCUGGAAAGCCAAUGUUUUCUCACCAAGUACCCCAGAAAAUGAAAUAUCCACCACCAUUCCCAAUGGGAUCCAACUCAUCUCCUCUCUUUUCCCCCCAUGCUUUGGGGGAAUCCCAUGCUUUUUCGGAGGACCCCAUACUGCAGGACAUCCCUUUUGCCAACUGGGCUAUUUCUUAUAACUCCUCUGCAUCCCAGUUUCCCAAUUACCUGACUUCCAAAGCCUCACCUCCUUUGGGACCAGACUCUUCCCACUCCUCUUCCUCUGAUGGUGAUGAACCAAAUGGAGCCAGCUCCAAUCACAUCACAGAAGCACUUCAGCAACAGCCUGGGUGGGAAGAUUCCAAUGGUGACAGAGGGUCCUGGGUACAGCCUGUUGAUGCUGGAGUUUCAGAAGCCAGCCUAGGUGAUGGUGAGCCCCACAUCCCAUCUCUGCUGUCUAUGUCUACGAGGAACCACGUGGACAUCACCAUUCCACCCUUACCUCCAGUAGCUCCAGAAGUCUUGCGGGUUGCAGAACACAGACACCGGAGGGGUCUCAUGUACCCAUAUAUCUACCAUGUACUCACUAAGGGUGAGAUUAAGAUCCCCGUAUGUAUUGAGGAUGAGUGUAACAUGGAGCUGCCUCCAGCUGCCCUCCUGUUCCGGUCAGCUCGUCAAUAUGUAUAUGGAGUCCUUUUUAGUCUGGCAGAGACACAGCGGAAAAUGGAACGCCUGGCCAUACGGCGGCGGCUGCCUGUGGAAGUUCCUUCAGUGAUCCUUAAAGAGUGGUCUGCGUAUAAAGGGAAGUCACCUCAAACCCCUGAGCUGGUGUCUGCACUGACAUUUCGGGAAUGGACUUGUCCAAACCUCAAGAAGCUCUGGCUAGGCAAAGCAGUUGAGGACAAGAACAGAAGGAUGCGGGCCUUCCUGGCCUGUAUGAAGUCAGACACACCCAGUAUGCUCAAUCCAGCUAAUGUCCCCACCCAUCUGCUGCUCAUGUGCUGUGUACUCCGGUACAUGGUUCAGUGGCCUGGUGGCCGAAUCCUGCAUCGCCAUGAAUUAGACACCUUCCUUGCGCAGGCAGUGUCUACCCAACUUUAUGAACCAGAUCAACUCCAAGAGCUAAAGAUUGAGAAACUGGAUGCCCGAGGAAUCCAGCUUGCUGCCCUCUUCAUGAGUGGGGUUGACACCGCUCUGUUUGCUAAUGAUGCCUGUGGCCAGCCAGUCCCUUGGGAGCACUGCUGCCCCUGGAUUUACUUCGAUGGCAAGCUGUUCCAGAGCAAGCUAAUUAAAGCAGGCCGAGAUCGAGUGUCCCUGGUUGAGCUCUGUGAUGGCCAGGCUGAUCUGGCAACCAAAGUGGAAAAGAUGAGACAGAGUAUCCUUGAAGGAGUCAACAUGAAUCAUCCACCGCCUUCUGCUCUACUUCCAUCACCUACUUUUGUGCCUCCCAUGGUGCCCUCUGUCUACCCUGUUUCACUUUAUUCCCGAGCCAUGGGCUCAGUGCCACCUCCCCCUCAAGGAAGGAGCCGGGGGUUUGCAGGUCUCCAUCCAAUCCCACCCCAAGGAGGAAAACUGGAGAUUGCUGGGAUGGUCGUAGGCCAGUGGGCUGGCAGCAGAUCUUCCAGGGGUCGAGGAUCCUUUGGCAUGCAAGUGGUUUCUGUCGGUGGGCCAGGAAAGGGGCCUGGAAAAGAACAGACUGGUAGAGGACCCAAAGGACACAAAAAAGGAAACAGACAAGUAAAUGGAAACAGUGGCGCAUUGAUCAAGGAAGAGAAGAGUGAUCAUCAUCUUCCAGCUCCAUCACAAUGUGCCUUAUCUAGAGACAGCAACAUGUGUAAUAAUGAUAACCACUACCUCCCCAUGAAGAAUGGGGACAAGAACAACUUACAAGAGCAAAAGCUAGAAACUAUGGCACAACGGAAAGAGGAAUGACAAGCUGAAGAUGGCUUCACCAGAUCAGGAAGAGGGGAAAACUUAUACUUUUCUGAUUCUAGGCCCAAGUUAGAGGAGGAUAUAAGUGCUUACCCUGCGUUUAUCCAGGAUUUUGAUGAGCUGUCCUACUUUGUCCAUCUUUUCCCCUUCCCUGUCUUUUUGUGGGCCUCCAGACUUAGUAGUCUGCUUCUGGGGAAUUUCAAAGAUGAACAGCAACAAGACUAGCUCCUAUUCUUUAAGUGAAUAUAUAGCACCAAUAUUCUCUUUAUCUCCCCUGGAAGCCCAGUAAGGCACUAACUGUCAGAAAUUGGGUGUCAUCACGUAAAGUCCUAUUAGAGAAGUUUCAGCUUUGGGUUUCUGAGUAUUUAUCAUGAUACUCAUUUACAGACCUACGUGAUAAACCUAUGGGGUUGUAGGGACAGCUGUCUAUGGCUUUCCGACUUGUUUUUUUUCUCUAUGAAGUGGUGGGGCCUUGAUACAUAAUUAAUAUCCACCUCUUUUUCAUUCUUUCUCCCAACUCACCUACCCCAGGAUUUUGUACCACAGCCUCUAGCUCUGGUCUGACAAUCAGAUAGGUAGAUGUUUUCAGGGAAGUGAGGUAGUAUUGGUAAUUUUAUUUUAUUUUAUUUUUUAUUUUAUACACUUUAAAAAAAAAAAAAAAAACUACCAAUGGCCUUUGUACUGGGGGAUUCAAGUGAGUCAGAAAAGUACUGGGCAGAUUUUUCCUGCCUUUCAACCCAUGCGUUGUUUGUAAAUGUGGUGCAGUUCGCCCAUUCCUGCUGACUAUACCCUGAAAGGGUGGGAAUUACUGUAGUGAAACUGAGUACGAAAGAGACUCAGAAGACUGUGUGUGUGUGUGUGUGUGUGUGUGUGUGUGCGCGCGCGUGUGCGUGCGUGUGUGCGUUUGCGCGUGUGUGCACGCGCUCACGCACGCACACGUGCACACGUGUAGGUUUAUGGGUGGUGGGUGUGUAUAUGAAUGUGUGUAUCUAAAUGCAUACACAUACCCUUUAUAUAAAGAGACAGAUCUAUUUAUCUAUACAUAUUUUAUAUAUAUAUAUAUAAGUGUGUGUGUAUGUGUGUGUAUGUACAUGUAUACACAUACAUACAUACAUAUAUGGUGAUGUCCCAGAGGAUUUACUGAAUUUCCCAGAAAUCCUUCCACUGCUAUGGAGUGGUGGGUUUCAAAGACCACACUUAAAAUCUGAAAUCCUUACUAAGUCAUGGCCCAUCACAAUUAUGAGAAGAUGGGCUACUCUAAAUCAGACAAAAAGUACUUUUCAGAGAUUGACUGUUCAGAACAACAAACACUUGGAUUGUUACAAGAUUAAUCUUGAACAGAGCCCUCACAUCCCAUAUGGUGAAAACAGGAGGUUGGAGUGGGAUUGGGAAGAGUUGGGUAUUUACUUACGAAGGUUUGAAGAGAAAAAGGGGAUGGGAGGUGAUUACCAUUUGAAAGAGCUUUCAGCCAAUUUGGAGGAAAUCUCUUCUGGAACUUCAGGGUCAAAUUCAGGUGAGGCUUCAAGCUAAUAUUGAUUGACAAGAAUUCCUGAAGGAGAGAGGACUAGCAUUGGAAAGAUGGGAUAGGGAGGAAUGAGAAAAUUGUCAAUUUGAUUUUACGUGCCUAGAUUGUUUCAUUUGUUCAUUGACAUUUUGACUACAGGAUCUUUUCAUUUGCUUUGCAAAGAAGACUUCAGAGGACGCUGGCCUGGGCCUUGAGAAGUAUUCUUUAAAAGAAUCUCAGCCCCCUGUGAGGCCAGGAUCUACCUAGGAUAAAGAGGCUGUUCCUCCUUGCUGGAGAUAUAUUUUUUUUCUUCUAUCAUGACAGUUUAUUGUAAAAUGAUUUAGUAUCGUAAAAAGAAAAAUGUUAGCAACAAAGUGCGUGGGUUAUUCCCAGUUUAGCAGACUAAAUCUGACAUUAACAGUGUUUCAAGUUUUUAUCCAAGCAAUAUGCACAAAAUUCAGUCACCAUAAUAUCUCCACUAAAAGCUGGAAACAAUGGAAAAUGGAAAAUCUUUUGCUGAAGAAAAUUAAACGUUGUAAAGAUCUUGAGACAACCUUGCAUUUCCAGUUUCCCUCUUUGGGGCAGCCUAAGUAUGAGGGAUGGAAAAAUGGCUUGCAACAAAUUAGCAUUAUGUCUUCAUUAAGGAAUUGAGGCUUCUAGCCUCACACACUUCCUUUUGGACUUUGUGAUGUUCUUGCCCAAGAAGUAACAUUUCUACAAGAAUACGACUGACUAGACUUCUAGCAGGGUUCUCUUUUUGAAAAACCCCACUCCACAGCAGGUCCUUGAUGAUUUUUUUUCCAGACAACCAGAAUGCUAUUUGUUUACUGUCUAUUUAAAAUGACUGCACCAUGAGAAAUUAAAAACAGUCUUGGACUGUUUAAUCCUAGUCUGGCCUAUUUUAAGAGAACCCACAAUUUGCAGGGGGAGGAAGCGCUGGAAUGCCUUGCCCCUGCCCAGGUACUUCUUACGUAAACCAAAGAAGAAGGACGAGAGUGUACACCUAGCUAGAUAUAAGCAGGAGCAAAGCAUAUAAAACUUCCUCUUUGGAAUCAGCUCCCUAAUUUGGACUCCUCUUGGACCUGCCCAACCUUUCACAACAUCUUGAAGGUUAGGACUUCUGUAUCCAGCAAGGGGGGAGGGGAAUCAGUAGUAAACUUAAAUGGCUUGGGAAUCUCUUUCUGGAGCCAUGGAGGGAUGAAUGAAUAUAUAUAUGUGUUCAUUUUCUAAUAGAAUGUACUUGGAGUUAAGUGGUAUUUUUUUUAGUUGCUAUUUCUGUGCAUCUUGAAUCUGACACAGAUGACAGUAUUGUUAACUUUCACAGCAUUAAGAGUUCUUAUUUCACUGUGAAAGGUAAAAUUGCUGCUUUGACAGGGAUGAUUCCAGUUUGCCAAAAGGCUUGCUUUUCUCCUUUCCACACACUUCUACUUUCCCCUAGCCUGGCCCAGGGGGAAACAAGUGGCUCACCUCCAACCUUGACUUUAUUUGGAUUCAGCAUUUUGGGUUUGGAAGGUUACGAGAAAGAACCAUAAAAUGCUGUAUUCGUAUAUUUUAAUUCAUCGGCCAAAAUGUACAACUUACAGAAAUCCAGAAAAAAAAAGGUACAUUAUUGGGCAAUGAACUUUUUCUAAUGGGAGGACAAAUUGGGGAAGGUGGGCUCUGAUCUUUGCUGUACCUCUUGAAGAGACUGUCAUCCUUCACUUGAGGUUCCAUUUCUGACUGUGAUGUGGUCUCUCUUGAACAAAGUCAUAUGGACACCCCCAGAAAUGACCUCUUUACCUUGUAGGGCCACAAGCAAAAACACCCUGGUUGUGUAUAGCUACUGACCCUCAAGGACUUGCAGUUCUUGAUUUCUGCAGAUGUUUCUUGGGCUCAGCCUGUAACUCCUACCAUUAUUCAGUGGCCAGUCUGGUCUGGACCAGACCUGACAUACUUCUACUCGCUUGCAUCAUUUUCAUUCUGAGCCAGUAGGACUUCAGGUAGACUCUAAAGCCCAAGAAGUGAUACUUGCUUUGGCUAGUGACAUUUGAUUUAUGUUUCCAUGUCGAUUUUCUGACAUUGUUGGCCAAGUCACAUUAACUUUUUUUGACCACUGAGAAAAACAGCCGGACAAGGAAUUAGGGAAGGUGGUUAAGGUGGGAGGAGGGGGACAGGAAUGCUUAUUUAAGGUAGAAAGAAUGUAGGAAUAGCUGUUUGUUUAUAGUGAUUAAGUCCUUUGGAACCAUAGAAGGUUCCUGUGGGCAUGUCAGUGCUACCAAUUCAGCCUCUAAGACACCCCCCUCACCCCCUGCCCUUUUUGAAAUGACAAUACAGGUGGACCACAGUUUAAAGUAGUAUAAUUCUGCUAAGGUUUAAUCAUUAUAAUUGUUCACUUCCUGGUGCAUAUUUCCUAAAUAUGCUUGGGGUUCAGGGUAGGUGGGUGGGUGAGUUUUCACUGUUCCGUGAUGUUUCACCCUAUAUUUUUCUCCCUCCCGUGACUUUGGCAUCUUAUUUGACUUUGUAUUUUCUUUUUCCUUGGCUUAUUGCUGUAGUCUGCUGGUGCAGCUAGAGAACUUAGUGCACCUAUUCCCCUAUUACUGCUAAUUAUCUUCAAUGUUGUCAGAGGUUAUUUUGAUGUUCUAAGAAAAUAACGUCACUUUUUUACAAAAUCAUCGUUUCCAAGUUAAAAGCAAAAUAAAAUAUCCCUUGUGCUAGGGUGCCCAUUUCAGCUGUUGACAUUGCCCCUGUACUUUUAUAGAUGCUCUUUUUGUCUGUGUUGGUAGUAACUAAUGACUAGUGAAUUUUCAUGUAGAUGAAGCAAAUUAAGUAUUUCAGAUUUUAUUAAUCUCUCAUAACCCUACCAAAUCUGAUGACUUCAUGUUAAUUACUUCCCAGAAGGCACUUCCCCUCCUACUUUUUAUUUUAUUCUAUUCUAUCCUAUUCUAUUUCUAGAAUAACACACUAGGUAAAGAAACUAACUGCAAGGAGUCAGUGAUUUUUAGUGCUCCCUGAUAAAUGAUGUUAUUGACAAAAGUAAAAUUCUUUCAUCGUUUUUUCUGUGUUACUAUCUCCUCUCCUGUGCUCUUGACAGUGUGUUUAGUGGAUGGAUAAAAUGUAUUUCUCUUUCCCACUCCCAGAUUCCAGAUUCCCUGCCUUUUUGGCCCACCUCACCACAAAAGCUCCAUAGUUUAUUAAUGUAAGUUUGAAUGGAUGCUUCUUUGGGGAAACUGUAGGAGUUAAUGGAAGUGUUUCAGAAAGGAAUAAGAAUGUCUCAGGAGUUGUUUUGUGAUGGAAAUUGAUCUGUUGUUCUGUUAAUGCUGACGGAAAGAAACUUACAGAGCUUAAUAAAAGUCUAUUCUUUUAGUAAAGAAAUUGUGAAAUAA